CAGGACGAUGGGGGACCUGUUCCGGAGCGAGCACAUGUCCCUGUGCCAACUCUUCAUCCAACCGGAGGCGGCUUAUGCAUCAGUCUCUCUUUUGGGUGAAGCCGGCAUCGUUCAAUUCAGGGAUUUGAACAUGGAUAUAAGCGCUUUCCAAAGGAAGUUCGUCAGCGAGGUGCGCCGUUGUGAAGAAAUCGAAAGACGGCUGAGGUACAUCGGCUCUGAAGUGAAGAAAGAUGGAGUCGCAGUUCCCGAGCUCCAGAAGAUGCCUGCUGCUCCUAACCCGAGGGAGUUAAUUGAUCUAGAGGCCCAUAUCGAGAGAACAGAAGGUGAAAUCUUAGAAAUGAGCCACAAUGCAGUCAACUUGAAGUCCAACUUCAUGGAACUAACUGAACUCAAGCAUGUUCUUGAAAAAACUGAUGCAUUUUUUCAAGAGAGUGUUUGUUUCCAACAGCAAGAAGGCGAUAGUGUCAACCGUGCUCUUAUAGGAUCUGGAGAUGACCCUGCUUCCCGAACUCAACUUGGGUUUGUUGCCGGAGUUGUACCACGUGAAAGAGUAUUUGCAUUCGAAAGAAUGUUAUGGAGAAUCUCAAGAGGGAAUGUGCUCUUGAGACGUGCUGAUAUUGAAGAACCUUUAAAUGACCCAGCUACAGGAAAUUUAUUGCAGAAGACAGUAUUUGUAGCUUUCUACCAGGGAGAGGAGCUGAAAGCAAGGGUGAAAAAAGUAUGUACAGGAUUCCAUGCUACUCUUUAUCCUUCUCCUGCCACUUCUCAAGGGAGAUUAAACAUGGUCCAGGAAGUCAAAACAAGGCUAGAAGAUUUAACUUUAGUGUUAAAUCAAACAGCUGAUCACAGACAAAGGGUUCUUUUAACUGUGGCAAAAGAGCUUCCUACAUGGACUGUAAUGGUUAGGAAAAUGAAGGCUAUAUACCAUACCAUGAACUGUUUCAAUAUGGAUGUAACAAAGAAAUGUCUGAUUGGCGAAUGUUGGGUUGCUAGUCAUGACUUAAAUCUUAUUCAUCAAGCACUCGCAGACGGAGGGAAAGCUGUUGGAAGUACAAUACCUUCAUUUCUGAAUGUUAUAAAAACUAGUGAAGAACCUCCUACUUAUAAUCGAACAAACAAUUUCACCCAGGGCUUCCAAAACUUGAUUGAUGCUUAUGGCAUUGCAUCAUACGGUGAAGUUAAUCCAGCUUUAUACACAAUUAUUACCUUCCCAUUCCUUUUUGCUGUAAUGUUCGGAGACUUAGGGCAUGGCUUUAUUUUAACCGUUUUUGCUGCUUGGAUGGUGAUUUGUGAAAAAAAACUAAUGAAAAAGAAGUCAACAAAUGAGAUUUGGAACAUAUUUUUUGGAGGACGGUACAUUAUCCUAUUGAUGGGGCUGUUCUCAAUGUACACAGGAUUGGUCUACAAUGAUAUAUUUUCAAAAUCAAUCAAUAUAUUUGGAUCAAGUUGGAGACAAAACUACAAUCGCUCAACCGUAUUGAAUAACACCAUGCUUACUCUCGAUCCAUCAAGUGCUGAUUAUAUAAAAAAACCAUAUCCAUUUGGGAUUGACCCCGUAUGGCAGCUUGCCAGUAACAAAAUUAUGUUCUUGAAUACCUACAAAAUGAAGUUAUCUAUCAUAAUUGGUGUAAUACAUAUGAUUUUUGGAGUCUUCCUGAGUGUACCGAAUCAUCUGCACAAAGGAGAAGGAAUCUACAUUCUUUUGGAAUUUUUGCCACAGUUAGUCUUCCUGUUGGCUUUGUUUUUUUACUUAGUGUUGUUGAUGUUUUUGAAGUUCUUUCUAUACUCUGGAGAAAAUGAUCAAACGAAUCCCUUGCAUGGCAUUCACUGCGCUCCCCAAAUUCUAAUUAUGUUCAUUAACAUGGUGUUAGUGAAACCUCCAACUGUACCUGGAGCUGAUGAUAAUAAUGGCGGGGAUAAAUCCAACAAUACUUUAGUUUGUGACCCAUUUAUGUAUAGUGGACAAGAUGCUGUUCAAAAAACUCUAGUGGGAGUUGCAUUAUUUUGUAUUCCAUUUAUGCUUUUUGCAAAACCUCUUUAUCUUAUAUAUUUCAAGAACAAAAAGCUUGAUCAUAAAGCGGGUUCAAAUGGUGAUGUUGGCAGCGAAAUGCAAGUAUUAAAUGGAGCUGCUGCUGGUGCAUUUGAUGAAGGUUCAGGAGAAGAGCACGAGGAGGAACCUGCCAGUGAGCUCUUCAUUCACCAGGUUAUUCACACGAUAGAGUACGUGCUCAGUACGGUUUCACAUACCGCAUCAUAUCUCAGGUUGUGGGCCUUGUCUUUGGCCCAUUCUCAACUUUCUGAUGUAUUAUGGAACCGAGUACUCACUCUCGGUUUUGGGUAUGGUGACUAUUUUGGUGGAGUUGUCUUGUAUAUUAUAUUUGCUGUAUGGGCAUUUUUCACUAUAGCCAUCCUUGUACUGAUGGAAGGACUCUCCGCAUUUCUUCAUACUCUUAGGCUUCAUUGGGUGGAGUUUAUGAGCAAAUUUUAUGUCGGUCUUGGACAUUCUUUCCAACCCUUUUCAUUUAAAAAUAUUAUGGAAGAAUCUGAAGAAACAGAAUAAAUAAUAGAACUUAAAAUCAAAGCUAUAGCAGUAGACAAUUUUAAUUCUGCUUUAAAAUAAAAUUGUUUUUAGAUUUAUGAAAAUUUGUAUAAUGCACAAUAAAAUAAUUUAGUUAUAGUAGUCUAUUUUAAAUGUAAAAUUGUUUAAAAAGGCUGUACUAUCCAAAUUUGUGUGUAAUUGUAAAUAUAGAAAUAAAUGUAGUUUUUCUUUAAAUUUUCUGCAGUAUUGAGUAAGAAAGCUUACGAAUUGUUAAUUAAAAUCUCAAAUAGACAUCAUGCUUUUAUGCAAUCAUUGAUGGAUAGUGCAGGUAUAUAUUUUUAAAGGGAACUGAUUUUUCUUUUAUUUAUUGUUAUGUUUUUUUAAUUAGUACUUUGAAGGUAGAAUUAAAAAAGAAAUUCAAAUGUGCCUUUUAAUAGUUAUUGUUGAAAAUUUUGUAAGUUUAAUGUAAAUUAUUAUAUAAUUUGUUGUUUUAUAUUUCAGCAAUAUUUUUUCUAAUUACCCAUGUAUCUUGAAAAAAAUUUAUAUUAUUAUAAUUUAGAGGUACUAAAUUUAAAAAAUGAAGGAAAAUAAGAGAAAAAUAUCUAUGAAUGUUUAGAAUUAUAGUAAGAUGAAUAACAUGUGUUCUUAAAUAUGUUUUUCUUUAAGAUUUAUUUAUCAUUUAUCCAUUAAGUUUAAGUUGUAAAAAAUAGCUGUUAUGAGGUUUCUAGAAUAAACAGCUGGAUCAUCAAACCUUUGAAAAGUUGUUUGAACAGAAAUGGUGUCAAGAUAAGUCAAAGUUUUAAGAAGUAAAAAAUAAUGUUGACUUUUUAAAACUUUUUUAGAAGAUUAGCUAUUAAUCAAAUACAUUUUUAAUACACUAUACCUACUUACAGUAAACUCUCUUAUUACUUUGUUAAAGAAAAAACACAUACAAAAACAACUUUUGAAAGUUAGAAAUCUCUAACCAAGCACUUUCUGGAAUACUUUGAAUUUUAAAACAAGGAAUCUCAACUUUUUUGGGUGUGUGGCUCCCUUUAAAAAUUUAAGACAAAAUAUAAACUCAGCUAAUGAUGGUAAUAGACAUAAUUUUAAAUGUUUUACAUUGAUUUUGUUAUAACAUUUAAGGUAUCUUUUUUCAAUUCUACACAGCAGCAUACUAAGUAUUAUGUUAUAGUUUUGAAAUUCCUUAAAUGACUCUUUCCCAACUUAUCUUCCACAUCCUUCUCUGUUUUCAAAGCCCUCACACGUUGAGAAACCCUGAUUUAAAGUAAUAUUUUAAUAUUUAAUUUGUUCAAAUUAAAUUUUCUCUAACAUCAAUUAAAUUAUAUUUGAGGUGUCUAAUAUUGAGCCUUCCCAUAGUCUAGUUUUAAAUUAUACAAUAAGAUUUUAUAAUUUUAUUUGUCUGACAUAUUGGUGAACUUGGCAUUUUGAAAAUAUUUGACUUAUAAUGCAAGAAUUUUUUUUUUCAAAGAUUUUAAUGUAGCUGAUAUUUACAUAAUUGUUAAAGAAAAUUUAUUAAUUGUUUUGAAUUUGAGAUUCAAACUUUUUUUUUCUGUUGGCUUUACAGACCAUGUUGACCUUUUGCCGCCUUAACAAGCCUGCUCCAUCUCUGCCUGUCUUGGGCUAUUUCUUUCCAUUUAUCUGCACGCAGCUCUAUUGCAUCUUUGUUGAUUCUAUCUAUCCAUCUGCUUUUUGGCCUUUCGUGUGGUCUUUUGCCUUCUAUUGGGGCAGUCAUUGUUACGUAGAGGCUU